AUGCCCACUACAUCCGAGACACCGGACAGCAUACAUGAAGAUGACUUGAGGUUCUGGGAGCACCGGGGUCCUUGUGAGUGCCUCGAGUCGCAUCUGGAGACUGUUAUGCUUCAUGGGUCCUUGGUGGAAGGUCAUGGGGCUGGUUUUAUCAGGUAUGUCGUAAGGGAGGGCAAGGCACUCAAGACUAUCGCCAUUGUUUGCAGUGAUGAGAAGGCAAGCGGCUUCAGAGAGUCAGCUGUUGGCGGUAGCGGUGAAAUUGUUCUUUGUGUUGCCACCCUACACUGGAGUUUCCAAGCUGCCAUUGAUUUAUCACUGGAUGAUCCCUUUGGCGUGGUGAAGGCUUAG